GCAGCCGCCGCCGCCGCCGCCUCUGAGGAUCCGGGAGCUGGAGCAAGAGCCGGGAGCGGGUCCGCGAGCCGCCGCCGCCGCCGCCGCCGCCAUGGGGAACCGCGUUUCGCGGGAUGACUUCGAGUGGGUCUACACCGACCAGCCCCACGCCGAUCGGCGCCGGGAGAUCCUGGCAAAGUAUCCAGAGAUAAAAUCCUUGAUGAAACCUGAUCCCAACUUGAUAUGGAUUGUCAUUAUGAUGGUUCUCACACAGUUGGUUGCAUUUUACUUAGUAAAGGACCUGGACUGGAAAUGGGUCAUAUUUUGGGCAUAUGCCUUUGGCAGCUGCAUUAACCAUUCAAUGACUCUGGCCAUUCAUGAAGUUUCCCACAAUAGUGCCUUUGGCCACUACAAAGCCAUGUGGAACCGCUGGUUUGGAAUAUUUGCCAAUCUUCCUAUUGGUGUUCCGUAUUCCAUUUCCUUUAAGAGGUAUCACAUGGAUCAUCAUCGCUACCUCGGAGGGGAUGGCAUCGACGUGGAUAUUCCAACUGAUUUCGAAGGCUGGUUCUUCUGUACUACUUUCAGGAAAUUUAUAUGGGUUAUUCUUCAGCCCCUCUUUUAUGCUUUUCGACCUCUGUUCAUCAACCCCAAACCAAUUACUUACCUGGAAGUGAUCAAUACUGUGGUCCAGCUCACAUUUGAUGUGAUUGUUUACUACGUUUUGGGAAUUAAAUCUUUAGUCUACAUGUUGGCAGCAUCCUUACUGGGUCUAGGUUUGCAUCCGAUUUCUGGACAUUUUAUAGCUGAACAUUACAUGUUCUUAAAGGGACAUGAAACUUACUCAUAUUAUGGGCCUCUGAAUUUACUUACCUUUAAUGUGGGUUACCAUAAUGAGCACCAUGACUUCCCCAACGUUCCCGGAAAAAACCUUCCACUGGUAAGGAAGAUAGCAGCUGAGUACUAUGACAACCUGCCCCACUACAAUUCCUGGAUCAAAGUCCUGUAUGAUUUUGUGAUGGAUGAUACAAUCAGUCCCUAUUCGAGAAUGAAGAGGCAUCAGAAAGGCAAGGUGGAACUGGAGUAAGUGACGUCACAGCCAAAGGAAUUCCUCCCUGAAACUUCCUGGUCGCCGAUAAGGUGGGAUUUUUGCUCUUCAACCAAGACCAGUGAUGCUUAGAAGCUACCCUCAUACAGUUUCAAAGUAUGAUCUCCCCAUGGUAUCAAGAAGCGAAUCUGGCUUUCAACAGUCAGCCUGUUUGCAGUGUUUGGCUUUCCUGACAGAGACGUGUUUGUUGUAUUAUUGUUGAGGAUGAUGUCUGACAUUUUGUAAGCUUAUCAUAAAAAGAGCUUUUAAAAAGCUACUUCUCAUAUUAUUUUCACUGUAAAGUUUUACUUUAUUAAAACAGCUAAUAACCUGGGCAGUUAGUUGUAAUAAAUAGUACUUAUCACAUUUUUGUACUUUACUGUCUUUAUAUUAAUAUGCUAAUUGGGUGUUUUAAAAUUUCACCAGGAAAAAGGCGGCAGGGGCUAGAAAUAGCUUUCCCUGCGAGCUGAGUCACUCAGUUUUAAUUUUCACUGUUGUACAUAGGACCGAAAUCAGACAUUCCCAACUCCUGCACAGCCUUAUCAAUAAAGAACUUAAUGAAUCUAAUCUUGUCCAACAUGCACCUUCCUUUUUCAGAUGCACCGACUGUCAGAUUAGUAGCAGCUCACGGACAGAGUUCACGGCUUUUCAGUGGUGGAAACUGGCUGUGGGCUGGUGGGACGUGGUCGGGGUCAAGUGGCCAGUAGCAUGGCUGGGAGGCUGGCAGUCCUGCUCACCUCCAGUGUGUCACUUCAGUCAAAGUAGUGUGUGAACGAUCUGCAAAAUAAUACAUGGUAUCAAAAAAUCAGUAGUCCAACCCUCAGGCUUCCUUCAUACAAGCUAUUGUAAAAUUCC